AUGGAUACCUCCCUCAGACGACACCCACAUGGAUACCUCCCUCAGACGACACCCACAUAUAUACCUCCCUCAGACGACAUUCACAUGGAUACCUCCCUCAGACGACACCCACAUGGAUACCUCCCUCAGACGACAUUCACAUGGAUACCUCCCUCAGACGUCACCCAUGGAUACCAUGGAUACCCCCUUCAGACGACAUUCACAUGGAUACCUCCCUCAGACGACAUUCACAUGGAUACCUCCCUCAGACGAUACCCACCUCAGACGACACCCACAUGGAUACCUCCCUCAGACGACACCCACAUGGAUACCUCCCUCAGACGACACCCACAUGGAUACCUCCCUCAGACGAUAUUCACAUGGAUACCUACCUCAGACGACACCCACAUAUAUACCUCCCUCAGACGACAUUCACAUGGAUACCUCCCUCAGACGACACCCACAUGGAUACCUCCCUCAGACGACACCCACAUGGAUACCUCCCUCAGACGACACCCACAUGGAUACCUCCCUCAGACGACACCCACAUGGAUACCUCCCUCAGACGAACCCACGUGGAUACCUCCCCUCAGAGACAUUCACAUGGAUAUAGACGUCAUGGAUACCUCAGACGACACCCACAUGGAUACCUCCCUCAGACGUCACCCACAUGGAUACCUCCCUCAGACGAUACAGACACCCACAUGGAUACCUCCCUCAGACGACACCCACAUGGAUACCUCCCUCAGACGACACCCACAUGGAUACCUCCCUCAGACGACACCCACAUGGAUACCUCCCUCAGACGUCACCCACAUGGAUACCUCCCUCAGACGAUACCCACGUGGAUACCUCCCUCAGACGACACCCACGUGGAUACCUCCCUCAGACGACACCCAUGGAUACCUCCCUCAGACGACACCCACGUGGAUACCUCCCUCAGACGACACCCACAUGGAUACCUCCCUCAGACGAUACCCACGUGGAUACCUCCCUCAGACGACACCCACAUGGAUACCUCCCUCAGACGAUACCCACGUUGAUACCUCCCUCAGACGACACCCCCAUGGAUACCUCACUCAGACGACACCCCCAUGGAUACCUUCCUCAGACGACACCCCCAUGGAUACCUCCCUCAGAAACAACCAAACUUUGACACAAUAUCACCUGCGACCCUCUUUGACCUGA